AUGAUCCAGCUCAACAUGACGACGCCGUCCGAAGGGGCGAAGAUGCACGCCAUCUGUAUGUUGCUAAUUUGCGAUGCCGGCCCCCUCGAGACGAACGUGCAGCCCAACCCCCAAACUGCCAUGGAGCUCCCGCGAAUCCUCAAGGAGGCUGUGAAGCAGAUCCGCAAGGUGAAUCCACCCCCGAGUACGCCCCCUGUCGUGAACGACUUCCCUGCAAACCCUGAUGCCCUCAAGACGCUUGCGCAGCCUUUAUGGGAUCGCGCUUACCCCGUCGAGGGCCCAGCGGCCUGCCCCAUGGACGAGUUGAAAAUCGGGAUCCUCCGCCGGCAACUGUCGCUUCGAACCGGCCGCGCCGUCUUUUCGAGCGGCGGCCGAGGCCGCGGCGCCAAUAUGCGGAGUCGCGGCAUGCCGCCCCAGUUCCAGACCAUGAUGUUCCAGGCGAUGCAGCAGUUCCAGACCCAGCAGAUCCAGAACCAAGGUGGCACCCCCAACCUCGUCAUGCUGGGGCCGCAUGGCCAGGGCAACCCUGCCGGCCGCCACGCCGUCGCGCAGCCAGGCCAGCUGGAGCUGCAUGCUGCAGCGGGCCCGCUGGCGCCGCCCGCGAGCCAGGAUUUGCUGGCGCUUCCGGCACCGCCGCUGCAGCAUGCGGCCGCGCCUGCAGCGGCGGCCCCGCCUGCCGCCGCGGCCCCGCUCGCCGCCGCGGCCCCGCCUGCUGCUUGGGCCCCAGGCGCCGCUGCCUCCAGCGAGGACAGCCUGCCCGCGGAGUCGGUCGACUCCUCGCCCUGUCAGCUCGAGGCGCAGGCAGCCGCUUUGAAGGAGCUGCUGAAGGAUGCCUCCAAGAAGCGGGCCGCUGACGCGGCGGAGGAGGCUGCCGCGGCAGAGGAGGGGGCCCCAGCAGCUGGCAAGGGCAAGGGCAAGGGCAGAGGCAUGGGCAAAGGCAGGGGCAGAGGCAUGGGCAAGGGCAGGGGCAGAGGGAAGGCCAAGGCGAAGCCAAAGGCCAAGACUGCGCUGCCCGCCAAGCCCGCGCUGGACACCCCCCCGCCCAAAGGCAAGAAGGCCGCGACCACGUCGGAGAAAAAGGCCAAGUCGGACACCCUGCCCAAGCCCAAGAAGGCCAGGGCCGCGGAGGGCCUGACCGGCAAGGCUGCCAUGGUGUACCCAGGCCACACUAAGGCGUGGGAGGCCCCGAGGACGAUCAAUAACUGUCGGGUUUAUACCGACAUGAACUAUGGUGGAUGGCGCGUCGUGCCCAUCGGGAAGCGCUCGGAUCGCAGCUUCAAGUGGACCGUCAGGGGUGAGGAUGUCUCCAAGGAGAAGUGGUUCGCCCUUCUUAAGUUUUGUGCAGCUGCAGCAUAA